AGCUUAUAGAUAUAAGUAUUUUCCAUUUAUAUUAAUCAUAACCAAACUCGAGCAAAUUCUUGAUAUCUUUCAACUUCUUAUUAACACUACAAACAAGUUUUUAUUAGCAUCAUGACUGGUCUCCACCUUCACAACCGCCAUCACAAGGAGGAUGCUGCACCUAAAGACCCGAAGAAGGCAAUGAAGCACCAUAAACACCUUGAGCAUCUUGGCCAAGCUACUACCAUUGCUGCCGGUGCUUAUGCCCUACAUGAGAAACAUCAGAUCAAAAAAGAUCCGGAGCACGCCCACAAACACAAGGUAAAAGAAGGGGUUGCCGCCGCGGUUGCAGUUGGGGCUGCUGGAUUUUCAUUCCAUGAACAUCACAAGAAGAAGGAAGCCAAAAAAGAACUUAAGAAAAAUAAGCACAAUCAGCACAAACACUAGUGUAUCAAAUGCCCUAGCUUAUAAUAACUCGAUCUACAUAGUAGAUGAUGAGCCUCCAUUAUUUUAUUUUUGUCUAUUAUACGAUUAGGUGUAUAAUUUUUAUCAUAUAUUGUUUUUUGUGAUUGAUUGUAUGAACCAUUGUUAUCUUUGUAAUUUUAUUUAUUUUUUUUUUAUUUUUUAUAUGAUGAUUUAUUUAAAUUCUUUUUGUACCAUGUGAUCAAUUAUUGUCUUAUUUUUGUGACUAUUACGGAGUAUUCUCUAUUUAUAUCAUCAACUUUUCUCAAUAUAUUAUCUAUCAAAUCAUGACUAGUGUCAGCGCAACAACAUAUGUCAUAUAAU